UGAAUUUAGAGAGAGAGAGAGACAGAGAGAAAAAAGUUCUUCCUCAAAUUGGGUUUGGUCGAAGGAGUUUACAGGGGAGGGGGUGGUGGGGGUGCUGGGUUAAAGUUAUUGCCUGCGUCUCCUUCAACUGCUGUCAGAUCGAUUGGUCUCCCUAGAGUGUUGGUCAGUUUCUCCCUAGAGUGUUGGUCACUUUCUCCCUCCCAGGUGUGUUGUGUUGAAAUGGCGCAGCGCAGCUCCCAUCGCCGCUUCUGGCCCUUGUUGACUUGGAUGUUGCUCGGUGCAGCCGUCUCGCAGCCUCUGGAAAGCUGCCUCGGUUCCUACAGCGUCUCCCAGGGCAUCUCCCUGCACCGCAAGAGCUUUGAGGACGGCGCCGAGAUCCUGGCGACGACCCUGGUCAACGGCUCGCAGGAUUGUCGGGCCGUCUGCUGCUCGACCCCCGGCUGCAACCUGGCGCUGCUGGAGCAGGAAGGCGCUCCGGGGGGCUCCAGCUCCACCUGCUCCCUCGUCAACUGCCUCUCCAGCCGGGGGCCGGUCUGUACCUUCGAGCGCCGGCCGGGAUACGAGACCAGCAGCCGCUCCGACCCCGAUCACGGAGGCGACCCUCCCAUCGUCGUCCCCACAGUGCAAGAUGGUUACGCCAGCCUGACUGAACACCCGGAAUCUGGUUCUCAGGACAAUGAACAAUGUAACGCACCCAAGAAAGUCGGCGACUGCAAAGCUGCGAUCCCUCGCUGGUAUUUCGACACACAGACACAAACCUGCCAACUGUUCAUUUAUGGAGGCUGCCGUGGCAACAAGAACAACUACAAGAGUAAAGAGAAAUGUCUGGCUACCUGUGCUGGACAGAAGAAGUUUGUCCCAGAGCCACUGAAACUCCAACUCCAGGCUGACGAUGAAGAUUACUGCUACGCUCUGGCUGUGACUGGUCACUGCCGUGCUUCUUUCCCACGCUGGUAUUACAAUCCCCAAAGCCAGACCUGUGGCCGGUUCACCUACGGAGGGUGUGGUGGGAACAAGAACAAUUACGAGAGUGAAGCUGAGUGCUUGGCCAGGUGUUUGGGUAAGACAGAUGAUUGGAAGAUGGUUGAUGGUGGGCACUUUGAUGAACAACUCCAUCCUGUUUCUGGUCACCAUGUUUCUGCAAUCUUGUUGGUGGUCCUACUGUCGAUCUGCAUCCUCAUCCUGCUGGGGGGAGUCAUCUACUUCAUAGUCAGACUCUCAAAGACGGAGCAAACUAUCUCCUAUCAGCGUGCUCCACGUGGGGAAGACAAGGAGACUCUUAUCAACACGGUUCAGAACCUUUAAAUUGAACUUCACUCUUUAAAAAACCAAAUCUGCAGCGUGUGUGGCAAAAAACCCACAUGUAUCUUGUCUUCAGCAUUUCACAACAGAGAACUUUUCUCUAAUUGAUUCAUAAACCCUUCCCUGUUUCCAUUCUAAUCUUUCUAGUUUAAUCUGUUUUGAUGAAGGGUACACUUUGCAAGGAACUAACUGGCUGCUUUGUCAAUAAUUAGCUGGCCUGUGGAAGAAAACUGGAACUCUCUCGCUGUCCCUGCAGGUAUAGAGAGAGAGAGAGAGAGAGAGAGACACACUAUAACUUGCGCCCUCUCAGACUGGGGUUCGUGUGAUAUUGCACCUGACUGAGGAGCUAAUUGGGUUUGAAUUUACAUUUCUUUGGAGGGAUCUGGUGUGCCCCUCCCAAUCCUUUUUAGGCUUGUGAGAUAAAGAGACCAGGCCCUUCAACUCAGUGGAAUCCCUGGAGGCUUUAUUGUUUCUUUUAAAAUGUUGACACUAAUAUAUACAUUACAUUACACAAGGUGCAAGGAGACCAAGCUAAUAUUAAACUAUUGAUAGGGCUGCACUAUCUCUGGGAGUGUUUGGAAGAAUAUUAACAAUUAGAUACUUGUUGCCUUUACUCGUUAUUCAUAGAACUCAUUAAUUAUAGAAUUGGUUUACUGAAGAAUGCUUUUGCAUUGGUUUCAUUUAAAUUGCCAUAAUUAACUCUCAUCGCAGCAGAAUAAUACCUCGAUUCUCGGACCAAAUCUUCUACAGUGUAUGAGGAACUGAGGCACUGUCCAACGUAGCCUCUAAUCCAUAGAUAAAAACAAAAAACUGCGGAUGCUGGAAAUCCAAAACAAAAACAGAAUUACCUGGAAAAACUCAGCAGGUCUGGCAGCAUCGGCGGAGAAGAAAAGA